ACAACAAGAUUGUAGGAAGUUGAAAUUUUGAUCGUUGAUCGUUCUAAAAUGAAAGUUUUCUGUCAAAAUAUAUGAUAUAACUCACAACAUAUUUUUCAUUUUCAUAAUAAUGAAAUAAUAACUCCACAAGUUUGAUGAAGAUGGAAAUYUGAUCCUGUCGAAGUUCAUCUAAAAAGAUCCUCGUUCAAACGCAAAGUGAUGCAUGUUUUUAUCAACGAUGGAAAUGAAAGAUGCUGGUUGACUGAUGUUCAUUUGAAGAAUGGCUUCUGUCCUCACAUUGGAAAUCAAAGAGACAGGCAGCUUAAGAAUGUUGCUCCCAUAGAGCCGGCUAUAUGGUGCAAAGUUCUAAUCUUGGAGUCCAUCUCCAUUGACUGUAGUCGACGUGUCUUGAGGUGGUCUACAGGAAAUUCUGCCAAUGAAGAUGACAACCAAAACCAAUACUGCAUCAAUGAGGAAUGUUCUGGUUAUGAUACAGAAGAUGAGCUGUUUGAUUUGGCAAGAAAUAUCAUUGAAAGGUCUAGACAAGAUGUGGGAGAGGAUGAUUCYAGUAUGUCCAUCGUGCGAAUGCUACACUGUUUYGUCUUGCCUAAAGUCUCAUUUCAUCGAAAUGACACUGCCAAAGUAGAACACGCCAAGAGUGAGCAAGUCAAAAGUAUCCAAGCCUUGGAUGUCAAGCUAAGAGAAAAGUGUAAUGAGGUCAGUGAGAGCCAAGAAGAGCUGUWUGCAAAACAAGAACRGUUUUUACCUGAUAUUGAGGAACUAGUGGAUAACAAUCACCUUGAUAAGCAAUUCCUUGAAGAAUUGCUACAGGACAUCAAGCAAGAAGAAAAAUCAAUCAGGAAGCAGUUUGACGAAGCUCAAGAUAAAGUGGUAGCAGCWAAAAAACUUCUAAAUUCAGGGAAGAGGUCUUCAUCUGGUGUACUCUAUCAAGCCAGAGAAAACAGAGACUUGCUAAACAGCAGGCUGGAGUCUGUAGUGAUGGCAAGAGAACAAGUUGUUGAAGGUUUAGAUUCUCUGAAAGAAAAUGUACCUAAAAAGCCUGUAAGGGUUUUACAAGAAUAUGCUGAGCUGAGAAGGAGAUUAGAAAGAAUAAAAGAAGAAAGGCAUGAGUUAAUUCAGCAGAAGAAUUGUGCAUUGAGUGUACGUGAAAUGUUGGAUGAAAUUUUAAAUGAUCUUAACACAAAAGGUUUCUCCGAGGYUAAUGAUGCAGACUCCAAAGGRCACAGAGCUACAGAUGUUCUACAAAAUGUUUGGUACCCAGAAUGGCARAAACUGAGUGAACGAGUAGCAACGAUAGUCUACAAUCCUGAGCAUCCAGUUGGUAAUUCAUUUAAGAAAUUUUGCASUGAAGUACAUGAUUUAUGUCAGGAUAUCAUUGCACUUGGCCAGUUGACAGAGACAUCUAUGGAUAUACAUGGAUCAAUGAGUGUUAUCAGUAUAGGAAGCCACGAAGUUCCUCUUGAAGACAGACUUGGGUGCAGUUCAUAUGGACUCAAUGAUUAUAUCGUUGAUUCAUACAGAGACAAGUUGGCCCAGCUUAAGAAUAUGAUUUUCCAUCAUUURGARGAAAUGACAGGACUUUUAUCAAUCUUGUUUAAAAACAAUGACACACCAUUUCGCAACAAACUUCGACUUGCUUAUGAACACUGUUUUUAUGAGCAUGAACAUGAGUUUAUUGAGUGCGUAUAUGAGCGUGCUCACCAUGARCAUGUUGCUARUCUUGARAUYGACAUCAAAAGACUUAAGAAGCUGCCUAUAAAAUUGCUGAAGCUKCCYAUGAAAGAYGAAUGGUGGCAUGAGAUCUUUGAGCAAAGAGUACAAAUUUGUGAAUUGAAUGCACAAGUUUUCAAGCCAYUAGCUGCAAGUUUGUCAUCACUGGACAAUGGUGAAACAAAUGGACAUACACCUUGCGAACUMACCAGUUACAUCAAUGGUGAUUCGAGUAGUGAUGACAGCUGUUGUGAGCCUCUCGAUGAAGAUGAUUUAGAUGGUCUUGAAGUAGAUUUWCCARUUACCAUCAAYACUGACAAGAACCACUAUCUUGAUACAAUGAGYGUGAGGAGUUUCUUCAUAAAUACAGUCCGUACACGUUCUAGAACCUUCAACAAUGGUUAUGCAAGCAGUACAAAUGACUCAGAUUCUGAAGAUAGUGUUCCCAAUGAAACCAGAAGACAAACAUGUGGAGCCCAAUUGAGUUUAAGUGCACCCACAAAUAGCAAACUMUCACUUAGCAACUUAAUUGACCAAUGGCAGGGUAAAGAUGAAACAGAUGGUAAUUCCAUUAAAAGACAGCCKUCAAAAAGCGACUAUGAACUUAGCAAAAGAAAAUCACCYGAASCAAGUUGCACACUACAACAAGRUGACACRUUUGAGGAUCAUUUCGGCCCAGCACUUCAAUACAUGAAGGACAUGUUCAAAGCUGUCAGUCCAGUWGCAAAGCUGAAGUGUCUGACAGCUUCGCUGAGGAAAAUUGCUGCUAAAGUUUCAGAAUUGAGAAUGCGAGAUGGACAAGACAGCUUCUCAUCAGCUGUGACGGCAGAAGAUCUCCUGCCGCUGCUGAUUCUUAUGAUGUUACAGAUGGAUCCRUGUGAUGCUGCAUCAAUGUGGCCRCAGCUUGCAAUGCUAGAAGAUCUCAUGGCACCUUUCCUGGGGUCUGGKUGCCAUGGCUGGGCUUUAGUUGAGUUCCAAAUGGCACAAAGGAUUCUGGUGGACCUUUGCUCACAGUUUUAGGACUUUGCAUUAUGUAGUAUAUACAUUCUUGCUUUGCUUAUUCAGUAAACAUUACAAUUAUAAUAAGCUAAUUAUAACUAAGGUAUGGUCAAUACUCUAAGCAAAGUAUUCACAACAUUUCAAUUAUGGACAACCUUCUUCAGCCAAAUAUACAUGUAAAUGCAAUAUGAUUUAUAAUAAUAAUAAUUUAAUUGAAUAAUACUAUUGACAAUCGAUUUUGUAAAACACARUUCUCAAUGAAUCCAAUUUGGAAAUAAUUUAUUAUACUUUGUAGGACRUAGCAAGGUAUUGUACUUCACAAGCAUGAAAUCAAAUCUCACAUUGCACAGACUGAUAUYUSUGCACACUCUGAUUUCAAAAAUACCUUGACCCGCUUGAAGUUGUAAAGUGUGAAUAGMCAACUAAAAUAUGUGUUGUAGUUUGCGUCCUAAUGCUGUAUUGCAGUUGACAUUUUAAAACGUGUCUAUGUUUUGUAUUAAGAGGGAGACAACCUCAAAGAAAAGGGGUCAAUAAUUAUGUUGGUACUGUACAUACAUUUGUAGUUUAUUAAAAUAAGUAAUAAUAACAAUAAUAUUCAAAAAUAAAAUGUAACUUGCUUGUGACUUCUAGCAUUUUAGUGAAUGUUAUUGUCUAACAAUACAUUAAUUAGACGGGCAGAUAAUUAAAAUAUUUCUCUUGA